AGGAACAUACUCUUGGAUAAUUUAUUACUUCUCAUCUGCAACAUCUUUGUGGUAUAUAUUUGCUUUCUCCACUAUGGAGUCUCCUAGAAUUCCUAUCAAAGCUAUCGUUUCUCUAUUUUGCUCUUAUAUGCUUUUGUGGCAUAUCACCACUUUGAGCCCUACCUUGGCUUUGGAAGACUGUGAGUUUCCAGCCAUCUUUAACUUUGGAGAUUCAAAUUCAGAUACUGGUGGAUUUGCUGCGUCCCUUUCGCCACCAACGCCACCUUAUGGGGAGACCUAUUUUCAUAUGCCGGUUGGAAGAUUCUCAGAUGGCAGGCUCAUAAUCGAUUUUCUUGCAAAGAAUCUUGGUCACCCCUUUCUAAGCGCAUAUCUGGAUUCCCUUGGGACCAACUUCUCGUAUGGUGCAAAUUUUGCCACUGCAGCUUCCACCAUCAGAUUGCCAGAUCAAAUUUUUCCAGCUGGUGGAUUUAGUCCCUUCUACCUCAAUAUUCAGUACGUGCAGUUCAUGCAACUAAAAUCCAGAUCACAACUCAUUAGGCAUCGAGGGGGAAUAUUUGCAAGUUUGAUGCCCAAGGAGGAGUAUUUCUCCAAAGCUUUAUACACAUUUGACAUUGGACAGAAUGACCUAGGAGAGGGGUUCUUUGGCAACUUGACUGUUCAAGAGGUCAAUGCAUCGGUUCCUGAUAUAAUCAGUGGGUUCUCGGCAAAUAUUAAGAAAAUAUAUGAUUUGGGAGCGAGAUCAUUUUGGAUCCACAACACUGGGCCAAUUGGCUGUCUCCCUUAUAUCUUAGCCAAUUUCCCAGCUCAAACGGAUGAGGCUGGCUGUGCAAAGUCAUAUAAUGAAGUAGCUCAGCAUUUUAACCAGAAGCUGAAGGAAGCCACAGUUCAACUUAGGAAAGAUCUACCUUUGGCUGCAAUUACUUAUGUGGACGUCUAUUCAGUUAAAUACUCUCUUUUCAAGGAACCCCAAAAAUAUGGGUUUGAGCUCCCACUUGUUGCUUGUUGUGGGUAUGGUGGCAAGUACAACUAUAACAGUAGUUCUGAAUGUGGAGGAACAGCUAGAGUUAAUGGAAGGCAAAUAUUUGUUGGCUCAUGCAAAGAUCCUUCGGUGAAAGUGAAUUGGGAUGGCAUUCAUUAUACUGAGGCAGCUGCCAAGUUUAUUUCUGAUAAAAUUUCAACUGGAGCAUUUUCUGAUCCACCCCUUGCUUUGAAACAAGCAUGUCACAAGAGUUUGCCCUAAUAAUUAAAUAAACCAAAAAAUUAAAUACGUACAGACAGAUGCAUGCAGGUGGAAAUUAUUUUGUAUUAGAAUAAUUGUGUUGGAGGUCCCUUGAGCCAUCUAGGUAGUAAUUUAGAAUACCCAAUAAAGUCUUUGGGGUAUAACUCAGUUGCUUGAACUCUUUUACUUUCACUCAUGUGGGUAGAGGUUCGAAACCCCAAAACACCCAAUGAAUAUUUAUGUAAACCCGCCUUCCCGCCCCUCCCGAAUUACUUGCACUAAAAAAAGUACACCAUAAAAAAUAAAGGCUCCUAUACUUGGUUUUUAAUAAAAGAGCAAUGCUAGUUAUACAACAUUUAUAUACCA